AAAUAUUUAUGUGGGGGAAAAAAUGUGCUGUUAACAUUAAAAGCUGAAAUAAAACAAACAGACAAAAACACUACAAUCGUCUCAGACUGAUGACGUAAUUUGAACGUGACACGUCCUUGUUGUAUAAGACAUAACUGAACUGAAGCGCAAAUUAAUGAGAAACCAAAAGAGAAAAAUACCAUGAAACAAAUACCUCGAAAAGUAAAGUGUGCCAUAUAAGUGUAUUAUAUUUGUGAUAUUUUCGUUUUUGUUAUUAUUCAAUCUCACUACAUAACCCGCUAAAGCAGUGAACCCGUGUCCACUCUGCCUGGUGCAAAUGGGUCUCCUCCCAUUUGUUGUCAAAGGAGGAUUUGUUAGCAUGCUAGCUAACGGCAUUCAACUAUGCCAAUGCGCGGCUGAAGAUCACAGGGAAGAGAAUGAUACAGCAAACCACCUGAAACCAUGAAAUGGAUAUGCCAAAUUGACAACCAUUUGAAGAGGACUAAAACCAGAACAAGGAUUUUAUUGUAGAAGAUGCUUUAGUCGCGUUGUCUUUAUUAAACCAUCAAGCAGAAUAAUACGCGCUCCAGUCCAACAACGUUCGCCCGAGUAUGAUGGAGGUGAUGUCGUAUGACAACAGUUUGUAUUGAAUUAUCUAGCCAGCUCCUAUCGUUGUAUGAUAACGGAUGUCAGUCUCAACCCAGAAUUUGGGACAUGGAAAUACGUGUUUAGAUAACAUGCGUUGAACUGUGCCUAAUACGCACAUGCACUUCUGCAUGUAUUUCAGACAGGUCCGAUCAGGAAACCUAGCAGUCGUUGGUCCACGAAAGUAUUUUAGCAUUGCAGCUAGCUUGUAGGCACUGACCUGCUUAGUUAGCGUUAGAGUAUUAACGUUAAGCUUUGAACACAUAAAAAAAGUUCGUUUUCAUUGCAGCGGAUCUUUGUCAUGCGUCUCACACUAGUUUUAAUCUGUGAAUAUUAGUGUACUGUUUGUUAACUAGCAUUCCGCUAACUACGCCAGUCCUUAAACCGGAGCUCGUGCGCUAGCCGACACUUUAUACCAAAGCACGGGUUACUUUAGCUCUUCUCUACUUAGUGAAUACACGGUUUUAUGAAAUGCAUCAGUCUGAAUCAACCGGGGAUUCUCCCGGGACCAAUAAGGUGGCACACGCAUCUGUUUUUACCAGUCGUAGGGGCAGUAACACGGGAAGUGGUGGUACGUCUGCCACUUUGAACGCAGUCAGCAUGAACUGUAAUGCCAUCCCGACUGAUGACCACCAGUUAUCACGAUUAAUUCACCAUACACCCCCAGCUGGAUCAUCCUCACCAAGCCCUCAUCAUUCUGCCAACAGCCUGAAUGUACAGGUGCAGUCUCAAUCUCACCAAAGCGCUGGGGCCCAAGUGAAAAAGAAGAGUGGCUUUCAGAUUACAAGUGUCUUGCCGGCGCAGGUCAGUGCUAGCACUAACAACAGUAUAACAGAUGAUCAAGAGAGCUAUGACGAUAUGGAUGAGUCACAUACUGAGGAUCUGUCCUCUUCUGACAUUCUUGACGUGUCUGUGUCACGGGCCACUGACACAGGUAUUCCUGAGAGAAGUUCUUCUGAAGAAACGCUAAAUAGUCUACAUGGAGGAGAGACUCCUGGAGUUAUAUCACCUAAUGAGCCAGUGAAUACUCACUUGCACUCUGUACAACCAGGAUAUAUAGUGAAUGGGACUGUUCAUCACCAUAACCACUAUCCUCCUGGACACCAUAAGGACCUGGGGAUGGCCUCAAUGGCUAUGCCACAACAGCCAUUUCAAGGGGUACCUGUGUGCUUUGCAUCACUAAAUAGCAGUGCUCCAUCUACAGGCACCACUGUGCAAUCUUUUACUGCUGUCCAGAAUAUAACCCAAAUAUCCACUUCAGUCCAAGCUGCUGUUGUUGAUGUAAGUGCCACUGGAAAAGUGAACCAGACCUUAUUUUCAGCAUCAGGCUCUACAAGUGGUGCCAGUGAAACAGGGAUGCCAGGGGGUGUGAUUGGGUCAAAUGCUACUGGAGAAGGACUCCUUGGUGAAACAGUGCCUGAAGGAAACAGUACAAUGGGAAUUAUAGUAACAGCUGUGCAGCCUCCUCCAGCAUCCAGCACCCCUCAAAUUCAGGCUUCCACAUCCAUUGCAUCCCGUUUCAGAGUAGUGAAGUUGGACUCCAGCUCGGAGCCCUUCAGAAAGGGACGGUGGAUGUGCACAGAGUAUUAUGAGAAAGAAGCUCCUGCUGCAGCUCCGUUUACAGAUGCAGCACCUACCUAUCAAGCUGUGGAGUGCUUCAUCCAUUCCGAGAGUGAAAGCACAAGUGGAGGUUCAUCUUGUAGCACGAUGAGUGGUGCAGGAGAUCAAGGAAUACAGCCUACCCAGCCGAUAUUUGUACAACCUGCUGUCCCUGUUCUACAACCAAGUCUUUCCCAAAACUCUCCCCAACUUCACACACAUUCUCAAGAUACUGGAAUGCACACUCUUGCUUCACCAGCUGUAGCCUCCCCUAACAACCCACAAGUUGUUUCAGUCCCAAAUCUAUUAGGAACUGAAGGUCAGCCUCCCCCUCCCAGGGCUGAACAGCAGAGCCCCUACAUCGCAGAGGGUCACGCUGGCCAGUUAAAGAGUGGCUACCCUAUUAAUCAACAGCCUUCUGUGCUCAUGAACCCGGGUUUGCAGUCAGUAGAUUAUGCCCAAAUCUCACAUUGCAUCCAAUCCCCAGCACAGUCUCAUCAGAUGCUGCCAGUUCAGAGCAGUAUAACACCUAGGGCUACCCCAGGACCUAGCCUUCCAUUUGGGACUCCCACAAUGACUGUCUCACACUCUGUAUCUUCAAGGCCCCAAGUUCCAAUUCCACAGUUCGCACAAGGUAGCACAGUAAAUCAGGUCCAGCAACAUCAAACACAAAUGCCCUCAGAGCAGCAACAGCAGGCCACUGCUAAUCAGCCACCCCAACCAACGUCUUUGACUACAGGCCAGACUGCACCUAGUUUACCUUCAUCUUCUCUUCAGAGCAAUAUUCAACUAGGCAUUCCUACUUCCCUCGUGCAUGGAGGUACUGUUGGAGGUCACUCUGGUGGGCUAGGUCUGACCUUGCACCACAAGGGAGGCCAGUCCUCCCAGCUUCCCCUAGCAAGAGGCCCUUAUAGUGGUGUAACACCUCUGACAGCCUCCCAGCUCGAAGAUGCUGGGCGUCUACUUUUCCAGCACCAGUCCCUAUUUUCUCUGCCCCGGCUGGCAACAGGUGGUGUGUCGGGGCUUGCUGGACAUUGUGGCUUUGAAGCAAGUGCCAGUUUUGUACAGGAGGGUAGUGCCAGUGGAGAUGCUGGUUCUUUAGCUACAUCUGCAGGCACAGAUGAAGACAGCUCUUCGGGUGCUAGUGUUGUGGCCAUAGACAACAAGAUUGAGCAAGCAAUGGACUUGGUGAAAAGCCACCUCAUGUAUGCAGUACGUGAAGAAGUGGAGGUGCUGAAAGAACAAAUAAAGGAGCUGAUUGAGAGAAAUUCCCAGCUGGAGCAGGAAAACAACCUACUAAAGAAUCUGGCCAGUCCUGAGCAGCUAGCUCAGUUUGAGGCUCAGGUGCAGAGCACCUCCCCAACCUUGGGUACUCAAUCAGGAACUCUGGGUGGUCCACCAACAUCACAUACCCAGGGUUUGGGUCCUCCAGUGUAACCUCUACCUCCUAGUAGAGUAAUGGAGGGCUACUGACCUACAAUCUCACCAAAAUAUAACAAGUUAAACAAUACUGUGAACACUUUCAUGACUGGCAGCAAGAUUGCUAAACACAGCCACAGUUGCUGAGCCUUGAGGAUAUACUUCUAAACAUUUUCUCAUUUGCACAUGGUAAACUAUCAUAUGACGCUACUUGUUAAGAACCAACUCCUCGAGAGCUUUACAUGCUUCAGACAAUCAAUACGGAGAAAAAGACUUGAAGUGGACUGUAACAUAAGCCAAUCAUGGGGAGGAUAAAGAUGUUUGGAAUUCGGUCUAAUGAAUCGCACCUUCGCAUGCUCCAGAGUCUAUUUUGAAUUGUUCAUAUCGGCAGUGAGUGGGAAUUGUGCUGUUAUUGGUGCAUAAUCCCUCUUUCGUGACCAGUGCUUUUCUUUUUGUCUUAUGUCGUUUUCAUUUUUUAAAUGAAAAAUAAAAAGCACUUUACAGUGACUACAACGAAGAAAAUGAAAAAUUGGAACCUUUCAUCCCAAAUAUGAAUCUGGAAUGGUGAUUUAAUGCAUUUUAGUAAGGCUUAGAUGAAUUAUCUUUUUUUUUUUUUUUUGCAUUUUUAACAAUAAAUUCCUUUUAAAUUUUGGUAGUUUUCAGGCUUUAAAUUGAAUAGCUAUGCCUCAGUGUUCAGACUUUAAUCUCAUAAUUUCUGCCCUUCUAAACUUGUGGCUCAUGUAUUCUUAAGCAGGGAUACAAAGUGUUUCAGUAGUGGGACAUACAGUAGGUGUUUUUCUGCUGCAGACCUAGGGGUGGAUGUCCACCAAAAGUUAUUGAACAGUUUUUAAUUAAUAAAACAAAUGUUUGUGUAUGUAAAAUGACUGUAAUUAUGCAUAGCAGGGAAAAUUAAAAUAAAAUGAGUUGUUAAUGUACAGAUCAAGUUCAAACUGAAUAUACUGUAGUUUGGACUGAGCACACCGAGGAGCAGCACACAUUAUAAUGAAAUCUAUGUUUCUACAGGUUAAAAAUCCUGAUAACAGAUCUCAAGUUAUUCCAGUGAAAAAUCAUUGAUUCAUUGAGAUUUUUUUCUACCUUACAGUAAUGGACUCUAGAUGUAAUACAAGCAGUUUGGUCAUCACAAUUGUUAAUGACCUAUAAGUGUCAAAUCUUGCAUUGAAUUCCAUGCAUGUUCCUUUGAAAAACACAUGAAAAUGUGACGCAAUACAAUUGCACUAAACAGUUGCACCUCAAGUUUAAUAAAAUGAAGGAAAAAAAAACAUUAUUUCCAUGUAGUAUCUAACAUGCCAUUGCAUUUAUUACUAUUCCAUGUAUUAUGGAUGUCUGGGUAGUGUGAUCUGGAACCACACUUAUCUUGGUUUAUAGAACCGAAAACUGGGUCUUCUCAAGCUCCUUGUUAACAGAUCAUAGUCAGUAGCUAAAUGCACUAUACAAUAUGCCCCUUUUAUUAUGCACAGUAACAACACAGAUUUUUUUGUGAUGGGAGAAAAGUUUAUAUCCCUAAAUAGGUGGGAGGUAUAGCUGCUGAACAGCUGUUGCCUGAUAAUCAAGAAAAGGAAGGUGAAAAGAUUAAACUUGAUACUACAAUUAGUUUUGUCCAUCAUUGUUAUAAGGAGUUCAUAGCAUUCAAACCAUCAAAGCUUAUAAAUAGUGUUUUAUAUUUGGGCACAGCUUUUGCAAUGUGUGUUGAAUAUGAGAGUAAAAUAGGACAUAUGAUCAAUGAGAAAUGGGUUACUGUGAGAAUCCUUUCUGCUUUUAUUGAUAUGCUUGUUGGUUGUCAUGUGAUCUGGGUGUGACCAGAAAGUUAUUUUAGGUUUUGCAGCCAGGAACCAUUUAAACUGUAAAAAAUAAAUUCCAUGGACCUCCCUAGCAUAUAGCCUAUUUGUUUUAGAAACAUAAUCCAAUUACAGAUUAACACAUUGAUGCACCAUACCAAAUGUUAGCUUGAUCAGAUUUAGUAAUCACGUCAGAAUAAUCAGGUUUCUGAGAAACCUAUCUCCACCCCAUGUAUGACCACACCCCAAACUUUGCAGCUCACUUCAAAAUCUUGUCCUAUACAUGAUUCAAGUUUUGUGUGAAUCCACAUGAGGAAUUAUGAGUUACAGCUGUUUGAGUAAAUUAGGCUCAGCCUAAUUAGCAUUGAUUGACAUGCAGUGGCCAUUUUGUUUAAAUUAUGAAAAUGUACUUGAUAAUUAAUGAGGUUCACACUCUGCUGAGUAAUUUGACAGCAGGGGGGGGGUAAUUUUGUUCGCAGGACUCACAGUUCAUAAGAUAUAGACCAAAAAAUAAACACUUGCGCUAUCAUUACAUGUGACUAGUUCAUUUCAUUUAUGUGAGUAGCAAUUGUAAUACUGCACCUACCAAUCAAGUUUCAUAUCAAUACACUACAGUUUAGGCUGCACAUUUCAUUUUAGAGGAGAAAAAUAAUAAUAAUAAAUAUAGCUGCAAGCACCAAUUUUGGGGCCAAGCCUGACAGAGGCAAAGUGAGGAGAUAAGCAAGUAUUGUUUUAGAAUGGUCAUGAUUUUAUGACAAAGUGUUCAGAACUUAGAAGCAUAAAUGUGCUUAUUACAUAUCUUGUGAAAACUAGGUGGCACUGUUCCAAAACAAUUACCAGUUCAAGUCAUGAUGACAUUGUAAGAGCCAUUAUGUUGUAGUGAAUGUCUGUUGUAAUUCCAUUGUUUAACACUGGGUGGUGUGGGUCUAAUUAUUAUAUAGGUGGUAGCCAGAGAGUAAGAGAAGGGAGGUGUGUAAUGGAGGGAAGCACAACAAUUUUUGACUGUGUCAGGACAUGUGCAAGUGGAAGCAAGCUUGUGGGAUUACUAUGUGAUUGUGCAUUGGAACUGUGAGUUUAAAAUGACAUCUACGAGCUUUGUGAUAAAGUUGAUCAAAGCAGUAGUAGACUGGAAGUGUGUCUUGUUUGGAUCUCAUGUGUCAGAAACACCUACAACACCUCUAAGUGACAAGAUGGUCAUUUGUCACUUCAGACAUAUAUAAAAUUUGGUCUACAUAUGCUAAAUCUUUAUGGAGAUAUAGCCUCACGUUCAUUUUGGCAUGCUCGCCAACAAAUUUGUUUGUGUGUUAUUCGAGAAUGGUUUGACUAAUCAACUAGCAUUCCAUAAUUUUUUGUUGGCAUGGUCUACAGAUGAUGUGAUUUGAUUUUGGUCAAAAUUGGACAAACGGUCUAGGAGGAGUUCGAAAAAAUAGGUUUUCAAAACAUUUAAAAAUGGUGGACAGAAGUUUGCUCGAUCGUGACAUAAUUGGUACCAUUGUUCUUGGUAUGAACCACAGUAUCUAUCAAGACCUGUACGACAGUAGGAAAAAAAGAGUCAAUAGCUAUUAGCAUUUUAAAAAAAAGUAUUAAACUUUUUGAGUCCCUUCAGAGCAUGGUGCCAAAUAAAACAUACAGAGUUUCGUAAUGAUAUGCCAAGUCGAUUGCAAAAUACAUCAUUUUAUGACUAAAUUCAAAAUGACCAACAUCCAAAAAUGGUAUUGUUUUACUCAGUAUGUAGCACUUGAUCUAAAGAGACAAUUUUCGGCCAAAGUGUUCAAGAGUUAUAAGCCAAAAAAAAAUCAGUUUUUGCUAUCUGCUGACCAGUAGGGGGCAGUGCACCAAAACACUGCAGGUAACCUCAGGGACUAAUAAUGAUGACGUUCUCAUACCGUUCGAGUUAUAGCCAUUUAAGUAAAAGUGGCAACACCAAAACUUCAAACGUUUUGCUGUGCCCUUGUGGGGGUAAAUAAAAAUUUUUGAUAACUAUUGAUCUAAGAUGUCCAAAAUAUUGUCCUGCAGUAGUUUUAUUUCACUUGAGGAAAAACCUAUGACUAAUUCACAAAAGUAAAUUUUUAACAUUAUCUGAAAUAUUUACCCACAAUUUUUGACAGACACCAAUGGUUCUUGAGGCAAACAUGUUUAGAAUGAGAAGACCUAUCAUUUGAUAUAUAUUAGUUGUGUUUUUUCAAAACACUGCGUUAUAUACAACCGUUAACUCCAACAAAAAUCGUGAUAGUCAUGAAGUCUAUUAAGAGAUUGGUGCUAAGACACUUGAAAGACAUCAUUGGCGCCCUCUAGACCCCUUUCAGCUAACAGGUGAUAGGUCUUUCACCUAAUGAGAUAGGUCUGUAGUCAUUUGGCCUCGUGAGCCUGUGUGUGUGUGUGUUUUUGUGACGAGGAUGAUGAUGGAGCAUUUCAAGCAGGAGGGUACUUCACACUGCUCCAGUGAUCUGUUGAAGAUUCUAGACUUUUGUUUUAGGAAGACCUGACAAACAUCUUCCUCACAGAUCCUAUGUGGCAGAGUGGCAGAGUGCAUACUGUUGGAUGUGUGGAGAGAUUAAUGGAUUGGGUGUAGGCAGGGUUUUUUUUGAAGGUACAAUACAACAUGUUCAGGUUGUCAGCCAGCUGUUGCCUGUCCACAGAGUGGGGGGGGAGGUGUAGUUGGUGAUGUCUUUCAGGCCUUUCCACACUGUUUCAAGGUCAUUAUCCAAUAAGCUGGUUCUCAGCUUUUCAGAGUAGUUCCUCUUAGCAACUCUUACCUCCUUUGCCAAGGUGUUUUUUGCCUGAUUAUACAGGAUUUUGUCCCCACAACUGUAGGCCUCUUCUUUGACUGAAGUGUCACAUUUUUCCUGUGAACCAUGGUUUGUCAUUGUAUGUUAAGCAGGUCUUGGUGGGUACACACAUAUCCUCACAAAAACUGAUGUACACUGUUACAGAGUCAGUUCAUUGAGAUUGAUAGCUGCAGUUUCAAUAACACUCCAGUCAGUGCAGUCAAAGCAGGCUGGUAAUUCCAACUUUGCCUCAUUAGUUCACCUCUUAAAAGUCCUGACUACAGACUUAGCAUGUUUUAGUUGCUAUCUGUACAGCAGGUCAGGAGAAGGUGCACCAGACAGUGAUCAAAAUGUCCCACAGUUGCCCCAGGGGACAGAGUGAUAUGCUUUCUUUAGAAUGGUGUAGCAGUUAUCCAGUGUGUUAUUUUUUCUGGUGUGACAUUUAAUGUUUUGGUUGUAUUAAGAUAGCUCAUGUCUGAGAUUAGCUCUAUUAAAAUCUCCCAGAAUGAUAAGAAUGGAGUCUGGGUGUAGUUGAUCUGUUCUGAUAAUCUGAUCAGACAGCUUUUGCAGCUCAUCAUGUAUAAAGACUUGAGGAAUGGUAAAUGGUCUGCCAUUUACCUGGCCAUUUAACCUUAGUGGUUCUAACAAGCACUUACUCAUUCACCCAUUCUCACACACACACACCAAUGCAAGCAUGCAAGGCGCUAGCCUGCCAUUGGGAGCAACUUGGGGCUCAGUGGCUUGCCAAAGGACACUUUGGCAUGUGGAGAACCGCCAAUCUUGUGAUUAGUGGACAGCGUAUGCUACCACCUGAGCCACAGCCACCCCAAGGAGGGAUGUACACGUUAACCAGAAUCAGAGAAGAGAAGUUCUGUGGUGACUAGUAUGGUUUACAGUUGAAAAAAGGCUUCCAACUUAGGACAGCAUAUUUUCUACAAUACUGAAACAUCUGUACACCAACCUUCAUUAAAAUAAAAAUUAAGGUUGUCAUCACCCCUCAUUUUUCCUGAUAAUUCUGAGGAGCAGUCCUCUCUGUUGAGUAGGAAGACUGGCAAAUGUAGUGUGCUGUCUGGGAUGGUUUCAUUUAGCAAAGUUUCCGAGAAGCACAGAGCAGCAGAGUUGAAAAAGUCUCUGUUUGUAGCUGAAGUGUUAGCUUCACCAUUUUGUUGACAAGAGAGCAAAGGCUUGCUAGGUGGAUACUUGGGGGCUGAAUAUAUGCUUCACAUUUUGUGCAAAUCCAUGCAAACAGUCAUGAAUUAGAGCUGUGUGAGUAAAUUAGGCUCUGCCUUAUUAGAAUUCAUUGACAUGUAGCAGCCAUAUAGUUUACAAAUGUCAAAAUGUUUUUGAUAAUUAUUGAGCGUCUCAGUCUGCUGAGUAGCUUGACAUGAAAAUUAGGAGAUCAGACAAAAAGCCUAGUACAAAUUCGCAAAAUCAAAUGGUUCUUGGGAUUUUGUUCUUCAGGAGAAUACAAGGAAUAAGUAGCAUGAAGAAUUUUCACUGUAGGACUUUAAGAUAUUAGCCAAAAUGUAAAAUGCUUCGCUAUAGCACCACCAUUAGUCUGAUCAGGCUAAUCACUCUUGAGUGAGUAGUGAGAGGUAGUACUACACACUUACCAAGUUUCAUGUCUGUGGGAACUACAGUUUUGUCUACAUGAUCAGUUUAAGAGAAGAAGAAGAAGGAAGAGGAGGAGGAGGGAAAAAUCAAUUGGAUUCUAUAGGGGUCCACUCACUGGUCCAACAACGUUAUCCAAUGACGUGGUAGAAGGAUUCACACGUGUUUCUGUCUUUUCGAAGAGAUGUGAAUACAUUUAGAUUAUUACAUUUGUCAUUCCAAUUCUGUUUGAUGCUCUCAAAUUAAAUCUGAUUCCAAUUGUAAAAACCUCAAUAUUGUAUUUGUUUCCUAGUUAUUUAUAUUUUGAUACUUUUGAUCUUUUACAUUCAAUUAAUUCUAGUUUAUUCUAUACUUUAAAUUGUGCUCGUUCAUUCGGAUUCCGUGUCGCUCAGAGUCUCGCGCCAACCGUGUACGCAGAUCUCACGGCCGCAAACUCGCCAGUCUUGGUCAUUAGCCAGAGGUAAUUGACUAAUACUAUUUAAAUGGCCUCCCCAUGCUUGCCCUUUUCUAAAAAGUACUUUGUUGAGUCCCCUUAGAUAGUAAUACUUAAUUAUAGUAACGCUAUUCCUAGUCAGAGGUCAUGACCACUAAAAUUUACAGAGAUAGACCAAUAAUAUCUGAGUUAAGAUUAGCGUUAUAUAAUCAUACCAUAGUUUCCUAUGUACACUUAACUAGAAACUAUUACAAUAACCAGAGGUUUAGACUUCACCCUAUUUAGACUUGGUCGAUCAACUUUAUGUUGUCCUAAACGGAAAUUCCCUAUCAAGCCUGUACACACUAAGUACACUUAACUUAAUGCCAAGUUGUUAGCCUGGACUCUAAAAUCUCAGUUGGCGUGCCCCAAUGCUCCACCUAAACCUGGAUUUUAGCCUGUACUAACCUGGUUGCAGAUUUGCGGUAACAAGGAUUUAACGUAAUCUACUAGAGCCAAUAAUUUCAGAAUAAAUCAGAAUAUAAUCAAGUCUAAUAAUUUAUUUAACCAGGUAUGAACACAUCCAAAUCAAUACUACUAUUAAUAAUAAGAAGAAAUAAUUACAGUCAGUAUUACAUUACCAAUCAAAUUCAAAACAUACAAAACAAUACAACAUAAGAGAGUAAAAACUUGCAGACCUGGUAUAGAAAACUACACACAGUGAUCAUGCGGGAGAUCUGUCUACAGAUUCCCCGUACCUCUGGCCAGCUCUCCCCUAAAUACCCAGAUGCCAUGUGGUCCACCAAAUGGUGUUGUUUGUGAUGACCAUUUAAUGUUUGUGGAAGGAUGUACCUUAUUUACAUACAGGCGGUAAUUUGAGUGAGGGACCUUGGGUAUGCCUUUAACAGCAUGCAAUAUUUUUAUUUGAAUUGCUGUUGAGGGAAUGAGACCAUAUGAGACCUUUUGUAUAAUAUAGCAAACAUGUAUAGUCAACAUCUUAUUCGCAUUAAAACCUGUUAUGUAAUGUAUAUGGACCUUGGGUGUGUUUAAGGUGGUCUUGACACAGAGAGAAGGGUGUGAGGAGAGGAAGAAGGAAACAAUGUAGUUAUGAUCUCCUAGUCUCCACUCAGCAUGAUGUGCUAUUUCAGUUGAGGAUGCUAAUUCCCAUGAGAGUCCUUUUCCUCAGAGAGCAGUUUUCUCCAGGUUCAGACAUCUUGUCACCAGCCUUACAGUUCCAAGUAUUACCUUCUUGGCCCUCUAAAUAUAGCUGCAAGCUUCGAUCUGCAGGCUCCAAGCACUCUUAGCAAACAUCACAGAAAUCCACUUACAGAUUAGCAUAUUACUGCAGCACAUCAAAACUUUGACUUCUGAGACAUAGCUAUUUCAACUUAAGUUAAAAAUUUGCAUAUCAUCUCAGAAUCCUUUGCCAUACAUGCAUUUCAAGUUUUAUGUAAGUAUUUGCAGGAAUUCAUGAAGUACAGCUGUAAACAAGUACCACCCCACUUGGGUUGAUUGGCAUGUGGUGCCAAUACUGUUUAUAUAGUUCAACAUGAUUUAGAUAAUUAUUAAGGUUCACACUCUUCUGAGAAAUUUGUGACAGUCCAAAUCUGUUACAAUGCAAAAGUAAGUUUAGCAUAUUAUGCAAAUUUUUGUAAACUGGAGUGAGAAUGGCUAAAUGAUUCAAAUGGCCUAUUUCUAUGGUUUGACCCAAGGCAUCAGCACUAACAAUAAACUUCACUGUGGCUCUUGUUGGAAACUCUCUAUUCCCUCAGAUAUGUAUAAGUAUGUUUAGGUUAUAGUUUAAUUUCUGUCUUAUGAACUUUCUAGAACCUGUCUGUUGUGUACGUGCCAGUUUAACAUGUCACCAUAGGUACUUCCUCUUUUCUGUUAAACGAACCACACCAUAUAUGUUCAACAACUGCUGUACAUUCUUGUAUUGCCUAAGAUGUUUUUCAUGUACGUGGCCAGACAGUCCAACUGCCAUAUUAUUUCCACACAGCAGUGCGCUUAUGCACGGCUAUUUGUACCUAUAUAAACCUCUGUGAAUCUGCAAUAAAUUGGAGAAGUCUCUCUGAGAUACCCUGUGUGUCAGUGUGUUCAAUCAGACUCUCUCCGGGCCCGUAUGCGCUCUGAGGCAAACCACAUCCGCGUGGUAGCAUAGAGAAGAGAAACACUCUACUCUUAAACACAGAAAGGCUGACGGAGGAAAAAGGGAUA